GUCACUUCGGCUUGUUCCGGGUUAAUUCUGCCCUCUCUCUCCUGGCUUGCUACCUUUACCACCUCCUAAUCAAAAUUAUAUAUAUUUUUAAAAUCUUUUUCGUUUUUCGGCAUGUCUCUGUUAUUAGAUAAACAGUUCCCAGAGUUGCCUAAUACCAAAGAAAUCGCUACAAAGUCGUUUUUGGACUCGGUGUCUCAUCUUCCGUCUUUCUUCGACUGUCUCGGUUCCAGAGUUUUUGCGCCCAUCAAAGCCGACAUAAACGGAAACAUCACGAAAAUCCGAGCUGUACAUGACUCCGAUCCGGCGAAGUACGAGACGCUUCAGAUGAUCCUGGAAGCUGAGAAGGUCAUGUACGGGUCCGAGUGGCCGAAAGCGGGAGCCACGUUAGCGCUCAUGUGGUUAAAAAGAGGCCUGCGCUUCAUUCAGAUCAUGCUGCAGAGUUUGGCAGACGGCGAGCGGGACGAGAACAAUCCAAACCACAUCCGUGUCAAUAUCACUAAAGCCUACGAUGGGGCGCUAAAGAGGUACCACGGCUGGGUAGUGCAGAAGGUCUUUAAGGCUGCACUUCUGGCUGCGCCGUACAGGUCGGAUUUCCUGAAGUCUCUUUCGAAAGGUCAGGUGGUGAAGGAGGAAGACUGCCUGGCGAACAUUCAGCAGUUCUUGGUGAACUAUACCGUCACCGUGGACGCCAUUUACGAGAUGUACACGGUGAUGAACGCUGAGCUGGACUACACGGUGUGACCGGUUGUGGCGCCGAUGCCUUUCUCAGGUCAGACAGCAUUCCGCUGGAAAUCAUCAGUCCUCGAAACCAAUGCAACUCUAACUCUAACUGUUAUUAUCCGUAUGUUUUGUUGUUUUGUUUCUGAAAGAAUUUUUUUUUGUCUUGACGUGAACCUAAAGUGCAUUUACAUCGUGUCUGGCGUGUCUGAGCGGAGAGAUGCUGAACUACCUGUGAUGAACCACUAGAUCACACAAGGUGUUAUAGUUGUGAGAAGAAGUUCUCACUGGUUUGAGGGAAACUUGUACAGUUUUUUUUUUUUUUUUUGUUUUGUUUUUUUAAAUGAAAGCUUGCUUCUGGAAAUCUUGAAAAAAUCCCAAACGCUGGAGUCUGGUAGAAGGUCUAGGUAGCCACAGAACUCGGAAGAAGCCGAUAGAGAAAUACGUAGUUUUAACAUUUGUUUCAUGGCUGAUACGAGAUUCACAAUGCAAGACAAAUAGCAAGAAUACCUGAUACGUCUUUAUGAUAAGUUUUCUCAAUAAUAAUUGCUUACAAUUGAAAAAAAAACAACUUUUAAAUCAUAGUGUUUGGGACAGACUGGAGAUCCAGAUUUACUGAAGCAUUAGAAUAAUUAGGGCCAGUGAUGAUGAUGAUAACGAAGAACCAUUUACAUAGCACAUUUCUUACAAAGAAAAUAAGCUGAGACAAACAGAAGACGACUGAACCGGAUAAAUUAUAACAAGAAGGUGUACUUUCAGGUGCUAUAUAUAUAUAUAUAUAUAUAUAUAUAUAUAUAUAUA